AUGUCGCGACAUUACUAUUUGGUUGUCGAGGACCAAGUGAUCGACAACACAUCAUCUUUAAGAAGGCCUCGUAUUGGUUCAACUGUUACCAGGGAAGCGAGGAGACGCGAAUUGGGAACCAUUAGAUUAAAGAGAAUCCUACGGCGCUUGACGAUUAAACGGUUUGUCUUCUUCAACACGAUUCACAGGGGAAUUAAUUCACUUUUGCAGAAGAACAGAAACAGUGUGAACCGUGACAUACUGGGAGCAACUGAGUUAAGAGGACCAGUUAACUACAAAUAUAAUGAUUUGAAAGCUGCAACUAAAAAUUUCAGUGCUGAAAAUAAACUUGGAGAAGGAGGUUUUGGUGCUGUAUACAAGGGUACUCUAAAAAAUGGAAAAAUUGUUGCCAUAAAGAAAUUAGUGUUGGGAAAAUCAAGCAAGAUGGAGGAUGAUUUUGAAGGUGAAGUGAAACUUAUAAGCAAUGUUCAUCAUCGGAAUCUCGUUAGACUUCUUGGUUGCUGCAGUAAAGGGGAAGAGAGAAUUCUGGUAUACGAGUACAUGGCAAAUAGUAGCCUUGACAGAUUCUUAUUUGGUGCUAAAGGUUCCCUCAAUUGGCAACAACGUUACGAUAUAAUUUUGGGCACAGCAAGAGGACUAGCAUAUUUACAUGAAGAGUUCCAUGUGUCCAUCAUACACAGAGAUAUAAAGACAGGCAAUAUCUUGCUAGAUGAUGAUCUUCAACCCAAAAUUGCUGAUUUUGGUUUGGCAAGGCUUCUGCCAGGGGAUCGUUCCCAUCUCAGCACAAAAUUUGCAGGAACAUUGGGAUACACAGCACCUGAGUAUGCAAUGAAUGGUCAAUUAUCAGAGAAGGCUGAUACCUACAGCUAUGGUAUUGUAGUUCUAGAAAUUAUAAGUGGUCAAAAGAGUACUGAUGUGAAGAAUGAGGAGGAAUGUCGUGAAUACCUUCUUCAACGAGCUUGGAAACUGUAUGAGAGAGGCCUGCAGUUGGAGCUUGUGGACGAGGCCAUAGACCCUAAUGAGUAUGAUGCAGAAGAAGUAAAGAAAAUCAUAGAAAUUGCGUUGUUGUGCACUCAGGCAUCUGCAGCAAGUAGGCCAACAAUGUCUGAAGUAGUAGUGCUACUCAAAAGCAAGAGCUUAAUGGAGCACAUGCGACCAACUAUGCCUGUGUUUGUUGACGCCAAUAUGAUAAAUAGGGAAGGCAACUCUGCUAGUUCAUCUAAUGCCACUGUCUCCAUUUCUGUUCUAUCAGCUCGAUGAUUAUGAGAAUUUGAUAACUUUGAACCAAAUAAAUUAGACAAAAGCUUUGGAUAAUAACUUUUCAUCAUGUGUACGUUUUGAGAAGUUUAUCUAAACAGUAGUUAUAUAUAUGAAUGUAACUGUUGAUUUAAGAGUAGUUUAUCAGUGAUAUUGUCCACGUGUAAUGCUAUCUAUAUAUUUUCUAGUUUCCUAGAUAUCGAUCAAUUUAAUAAUGUAAUGCAAGUGUCAAUUUAAUUGAUUCCUCUU